GAUCUUCAGCUAGAAGUGGAUCAGCUGGAAUCCGGUGACGUUGACAAUGUUGAGACCCCUGUGGGCGAUACCGUUCCAGAGGUGCCUGACAGUGAAGAUGCUCCAACUGAAGCACCUUCGAGCACGGCCACGGCCAGUUCGGCUGGUCAACCGGAUGAGCUUGCCUUGAAGGAUGAGUACAUGGAUGUCAGUGGUGAUAGCCCAGAGGAUGGUGGAGAUGGUGACAAUGAGGUAUCGGUCAACGACCUUUCAGUACAACUUGCCUUAGCAUUUGGACCAGAAGUCAAGCAGGAACCUACCAGUGACAAGGAGGAGGAGGAGAAUCAUGAAUCUCAGGAGGAUGCUCCUGCUCGUGGAUCAUCUGAUGGCAAGGUAUCUAAGAAGAAGCGUGUUCUGACCCGUCGGGAACUUUUGAGGAACGCUGCGAAAGCCAGGAUCCGCAGGAUGGUGACGCCGAAAAGCAAGCGCACUGACCUGGCAGUACCGCAGUGGGUGGCCGCGGAGUGGAAUAAGGGUACCCGUGAGAAGGAGCAAAUGGCAGCAACAUUACAGGAAGUCAACUGGGAUAAGGCGAAGUUUGUGGAUGAGAUGCAGAGAAUCAUUACUUCACGAAAGAAGGUGAGUAUCAAGAAGGAUCAGGGCUGGUAUUCAGAGGCUGAAAUGAAACAAGAUCUCAAAUGGUCUUCGAACCGCAUCACUGCCGCCAAGAACUACUGCCUUGACCCGAGCCGAUCUGCCACUUGCGUGAGGAAGAACCUGUACGACAACGCCGUGGAGUACUGGGUGACAAUUCGUGCUGAUGAAGCCGUGAAAUUUGAAGAUGGAUGCUUUGACCGCAUCAAAGCCGCCAUGCCCACCGGUGAUGCACCCAUGUCUGAUGGUAGCAAACCUGGUGCUCCCAAUGCUGAUGUGAGUCCUGACCAACAGAACGCAGAACAGAACAAGCUGCAUUUGAAGCGCUACCUCGACUCUCUCCUUCGUUUGAGCACGAAGUUGAAAACUCUUCGUAGGGAGAUGAAGGACCACUACACACCGGACCACAUUGCGAAGUUGGACCGGGAGUAUGACAUCUUGAAUGAAGAGAUGGCCAAAGGUGAGAAUGCGAAAUUUGGCCCUGAGCCUAUGUGGUGGAAGGUUGCCCACAAAAAGAUGAACGAUGCCACAUUCGUGUUUGAAACUCAGAGGUCGAGCCGCGCCACAGCUGCAGAGCAGAAAGUGAAGCAAGCACCUCAGAAAUCCAAGCAGUUCUUUGACAAAAAGGACACCGAAAAAAUUGAAGAGCCUGGCCGGAUCACGAAGAAGAAGAAGAGAGAGCAACAUGAGAAUAAUGUCCCGGACCAGGCUUGCGAAGCUUCGUCAAAGAGAUUGGCCAUGGAGUUCACGACUUAG